CACUGUAGUCUCUUAUCAUAGUAACAGUAUAAUAUCAAUAUAUUGCAGCCAUGAAGGAUGCUCACGUUGAUAUUAGAAGGGGGACCUGAUAGUUAAAUAACUUUGAGUGUAACUUCUCUUUAAAGUCUGUCCAAACACCAAAAUGCUUCUCAGUGGUUGGUGGGCCGCACUGUAACCCUGUAAUGAUGGACUAGGUAACAGAUGAGUUAGAUAAGAAGAUUCAUGCUGUAGAUGGCAGGCCAUAACCUAAAGUGUUACCAUGACAACAUAUUUAUGAUGAGUGUGAUGAUGAUGAUUUAUGUAUUUAUACUGAAUGUAUGAACCUCUUCUGUCCUGUAGUGAAACACUCCAUGAAGUAUAUCAUCACUGCAUCUUCUGGACUCCCAGACUUCCCAGAGUACAUUGCAGCUUUAGUGGUCAAUGAAAAUCUGGUGGGCUACUGUGACAGCAGCAAAUUGACAAUUGAUCCAAAACACGACUGGAUGGAAAAAGUAUUGAAAGAUGAUCCGAACCACUUGGCGCAGUACAAAAGAGCAUGUUUUGGGGGGGAGCCAAUUUAUUUCAAAGCCACAAUCAAUAGUUUGAAACAGCGCUUCAACCACAGUGGAGGUGUCCACAUUUUACAGAGGAUAAGUGGCUGUGAGUGGGAUGAUGAGACCGGAGAGGUUGUUGGUUUUAAUCAUUUUGGUUAUGAUGGAGAAGACUUCCUAUCAAUCGACCUGAAGAGAGAGAUAUGGAUCGCUCCAAAACAACAGGCUGUCCUCACCAAACUGAGAUGGGAUGCUGACAAAGCUAGAAUGAAGUUCAAUCAGAAUCACCUCACAGUGAUUUACCCUGAGUGGCUGAAGAACUAUUUGGCCUAUGGGAGGAGCAUCCUGCUGAGAACAGGUAGAAUCACCUGACCUGAUGUAGUUUAAUGGACACAAUCAUGUUCAUACAGUCUGCUCAGACUGAACUGCUGUUGUGUUUUCACUCCAGUCAGUCUGACAUUACAUUGUUGUCUCUGUUUAUAUUCUGUAGCUGUAAGAUUCAAUGUCGUCCUAACCAAUCAGUAGACACAGACAUUUAGGCUGUUCUGAAAUUUCUUUCCAUCGAUACUCAGACUGUGAUAGUCACUGUACACUCAGCAUGAGUUAAAGGUCCCAUAUUACAAAAAACAUAUUUUCUCUGGUCUCUACAUAUAUAAACUGGCCCUCCCUGAGCCUCCCAACACCCAAAAUGAGGAAAGUAAGCGAUUCCUGCAUGGUCUCUGCAGCCCACCCACUGGUACCACAGUGCUCCUACAGGCUGUUCAGAUUCAGCUCCUUUCAUUACGUAACGAAAGGAGUCAUUUACAUAGACAGGCCUCCUCUGUGCGUUGAUAGGAGAUAUCAAAGAGGGGGGGCGUUCAUCCCGUUUGAAGUGAGUUUAAUGUUAAUAAUAUUACGAUGGAGCUUGGGUGUCACAGUAAAACAUCUGGAAACGUGCAGACUAGAGACAGAGACGAUGCGAACAGUGUCCAAUAGGGCUGGGACACUUUUUUCCCGAUUCAAUUCUUUCACAGUUUUUUGCGCAGCAAUUCCAUUUAAAUUGCCAGUUUUCACGAUUUCUAGUUUGUCUUUUUAACACCAGACCAGUGAAAAAGUUGAAUGAUGAUGAUGUCUGCAGACUAUAUCAGGAGCCAUAUUUCCCCCAAAAAUUCAAAUCACACGUGAGUCACUUUUUAAGAUUUAUUAAGCGGCAAUAUAUUUGAACCACUUAAAUUAAACGCCUACGUUUGAACUUACACUCUCUUUUCAAAAGCCUGGACUGCAUAUAAAAGAGAUUAAAAGAAAAGUAUGGUUUUGUAUAGAAAUAGAAAACAUAUAUACCGUGAGCUCCAGCAACAUCUGUUUUUGCUCCAAAACAUAAAGUGCUGUGUCACACGCCGUACUUGUGUGAGCAAUCUUGCUACAGCUGGCAGCUUUAGGGCACGCUGAGAAGCCAGGUUGAGUGUGUGUGCUUAGCACUUGACAUGGAGAAAGCCAGCUGUGCAGCUGAAUGUUCCUGAAUCCCGUAUUCUCCACAGCCCUAUAAGGCCACAGGUCUUUGCAAAUGAAGUCAGCGAUUGAUUUAGUUAUGCGUUUUGUUUUUUUCAGAACUGCUGGGUAGUUUGUCCAAUGCUGCUUUGAGUGUCUGCUGGCUUGCUGCUGCAGAUCGUUUUGGAAUUAGCUCUGCAUUUACCUCAGGAUGGUGUCUUGCGAAGUGGGCAGUAAGAUUUGUCAUGUUUCCGCAGCACACGACGUGUGCAUUACAGAGUUUACAAAUAGCUUUCGACAUGUCCAGCUCCACACAUCCAAAAUGUGUCCAUACAUUUGACUCAAAAUGAGAUGGUGGAGGUUUAUCUCCACGCAUUUUUGCAAGUAAUCCGCAAUUCUCCGCUUUCUGUUUAAGUUUUUUCCACAAACGGAUGUGACUUCACGUUACUAGAUAGUUGAAUAAAAACGAUUUGCCCUCCGCUGCAGAAAAGCAGUAACUUCUUUCCACCUUGGCUUAUAAACAUAGACUAAAAUGAAGCAUUUAAAUUUGGGGGGGAAAAAAAUUUUUGAACAAAAAAAUCGAUUGAAAAAUUGUAAAACAAAAAAUUGCGAUGGUCAUAUGAAUUGAUUUUUUCUCCCACCCCUAGUGUCCAAGAGUUAAGAGACUGUGAUGUUAGUGUUGUUGCUGUUUGCCAUUAACUAUAUGGUAGUAACUGUAACAACACAUAGAACAAACUAACAUUAUUUAGACACACUAACUGUUCUGAAAUGUCCUGCUGCAGCCACAAAGUCUGUACUUCUGCAGGAGCCUCUCCUUCUGGGUCCGAUUCUGGGUCAAACUGGUAUGGUUGAACGAAAACAUCUCCACGAGCCAUAGCGAUACAUCUACCAUAAAACAUUAGCGAAUGCUACCACUAGCAUAAGUGGCAUCCUCUCCCUGAGAAGGGGCGUGUAGCAGCCAAGGCAGAUGUUGACAGAUGGAGCUCAUUAGCAUUUAAAGGUGCAGGCACAGAAACAGUGUGCUGUUAGUGGAGCAACUUUUAGAUAGCUGAAAUUCAGGACCAGGGAUCGGUUUGGGGCAAUAUGUUUCAAAUACAGUGUUGUUGGACCUCUGUUUGCUGUCUCAGUAUUUCAAAAUAGAAAAAGUGUCAUUGAACUCUCUCCAGAGCUUCCCUCAGUGUCUCUCCUCCAGAAGACUCCCU